AGUCAGCCAGCCCCGGCAGAGAGACGACUCCUCCAGCAGCCAGGCCAGCGCAUCGUGAAGGGAACUCUUUCUUUUUUUUUACAACCCAGGUCUGUGAUCUCAUGGGCAAACUCUUUGUAAAUGCUUUUUAAGAAUCCUCACUCUGGAAAAUUGCACUUUGGCUGCUCAACAGGGCCUGGCCUUGAGUCUUAUUUAAAAGGAUUCAACUUCACCGGUGAGCCACCUUGGCUUGUUUGUACCUGAGUCAGAGAUUCCAAAUCCCAUCUCUUUCAUAUCCAAUUUAAGGACAAAAACGCAACAGGACUAGUCACCAUGAACACUACAGAAACUGGAGAUUUUGAGUUUUCUUUCCUGGAGGAGGGUUUCUCUGCUCGGGACACUGUGGAGCAGAAGAUUAAUGAGUCAUCCCUGACCGAUGAAAGGGAUGCCUUCUACGUGUGUGACCUGGGGGAUGUGGUGAAGAAGCACCGGCGCUGGCUGAGGGCCAUGCCCCGGGUCACUCCUUUCUACGCCGUCAAGUGCAACGACAGCCAGGCUGUGGUUAUGACUUUGGCAUCCAUGGGAGCUGGCUUUGACUGCGCAAGCAAGACAGAGAUUCAGUUGGUUCAGUCUCUGGGAGUAGAAGCAAGCAGAAUCAUCUAUGCAAACCCCUGCAAGCAGGUUUCCCAAAUAAAGUAUGCAUCAGCCCACGGAGUCCAGAUGAUGACCUUUGAUAGUGAAGUGGAGCUCAUGAAAGUGGCCCGUUACCAUGACAAUGCCAAGCUGGUGCUGCGUAUUGCCACAGACGACUCUAAGGCAGUCUGCCGUCUGAGUGUGAAGUUCGGCGCCCCGCUCAAAGCCUGCCGGGGGCUUCUGGAGCGGGCCAAAGAGCUGGGGCUGGACGUGAUCGGGGUCAGCUUCCACGUCGGCAGCGGCUGCACCGACGCAGACACCUACACUAAGGCUAUAGCAGACGCCCGCUGUGUCUUCGACAUGGGGGCAGACUUUGGCUUCAACAUGGAUCUGCUGGACAUCGGAGGUGGUUUUCCCGGUUCAGACGACGCUGAACUGAAAUUUGAAGAGAUAACUGCAGUGAUUAACCCAGCACUCGACAAGUACUUUCCCACCGACGCUGGAGUUAAGGUCAUCGCUGAGCCUGGCCGCUUCUAUGUAGCUUCUGCCUACACGCUGGUUGUGAACAUCAUUGCAAAGAAGGUCAUUGUGGAUGACGACUCGGCCUCUGAUGAGGAAGAUGAAGCCACCAGUGACAGGACUCUGAUGUACUACGUCAACGACGGCGUGUACGGCUCCUUCAACUGCAUAUUGUAUGACCACGCCCACUGUUUGCCCACGCUGCAUAAGAAGCCGAAGCCGGACGAGGCCAUGUACCCCUGCAGUAUCUGGGGACCAACGUGCGACGGCCUGGACCGCAUCGUGGAGCAGUGCGACCUGCCGGACAUGCAGGUGGGCGACUGGCUGGUGUUUGAGAACAUGGGCGCCUACACGGUGGCGGCGUCCUCCACCUUCAACGGCUUUCAGAGACCCAGCAUCCACUACGUCAUGUCUCGCCAUGCCUGGCAAGACGUGCAGCAGAUCUGCUCCCAGGGCCCGCCGGCCCCAGUGGAGGAGCCCUCCCUGCUGGAAAUGCCUGCCUGCUGUGGCCGAGGGACCAACCUGGACAUGCCUAAGCCGUGCCCCGCUCACAUGGUUUAGAAAUUCCGUAGGAAGUAGCAAUCUUCUCAGAUUUGUCCUUUUCUUUCUUUAAAGACCGGGACAAAGUUUUCUUUGUCCGCUCCAACUGUACGCGACAUUUCAAGGCCAGUUACUUGAAAGGAGAAUGAGAGGCACAUGUUGUACAUAUUUUGUGUUCUGUAUGGGAGCAAGGGGGUCAUCCCUCAACGAAACGAGGCUGAAUCACACUCUGGCUGUCUCUGUGGGCUCCGAGCACAGUGUCACAGGGGCUGCGGUCCACUUCUGAAGCCACAUCAAAGAGUCAUUAGGUGGUCAGCAGUGUGUUUUAACUCUCCUCUUAUGGCUGCUAUAUAUCUUUUCCAUGAUGUCCCCUUUGGUACAGAACCUUUCACGGUGUUAAUCCUGAACAUUUUAAAAACCACAUAUACUCUGUAUUGGCAUUGAUGUGAAAGCAGUUUCAGUGUUUAAAAUCAUUGUUUCUGUUACAUCUCGCAGAAAAGUGCCUGCAUGAAUCACUGCAUGUCCCAUGUGAAUCCCGAUGCCUUCGAUAUAUAGAAGCAUAGAGCGAUUGAUACAUGUAACUGCAGGAGGAAGACUGAAUGCCAUCUUAAAGAUUAACACUUCAAACACAGGGACUCAAGAAGCAGACUAUACCUCUCCUCUUCUCUGUUUGUUUUGUUUUGUUUUAUAACUUUGUAGAGGAAUUGUGAACACAUUAACAAAACCCCUACUUCACCUUUGCAUUUAAAAUGGAUAUGAAAGAGACGGGAUUGCAUAUUCAAAAUGCUUUCCUAUGGAAACUUUAAAUUUUUGUAUUUUUUUAUUAAAUAAAACAUUACACGGAGAGCCCCAUUAUUGCGUCAUUUGUUCAAACGUUAACAUCCUCGAUUGAAAUAAAGUGAGAUGGUUGCAGGGCCCCCUCUAGUGUCUGAAUAUGGCAUUACGGCCCCUGUUUGUAAUUCAGGAAUCUUCGAAUAGACAUUUAAUGAAGUUGACACAUUGAAGUCAACUGUUUCAGGAGAAGAUUCAAACUGGUGAAUAUGAUGCAUAAGUUAAAUAAUUUUCUCAAAGAUUGUCUUGAUUCUCAUGUUAUCUUUUAUCUGGUGAUUAAAGAAUAUGACAAAAUGCUGAAACAACCAAACAAAAUGAAAUCUUUCUCAUUUGCUCUGCUGUGCAUAGACAUUCACAUCAGGAAAUAUAGCAGCAAACCCAGAAAUGACCAAAGGUGAACACCUCAAAAUAAGUAAAUGAACCACUUUUGAUGUACAGCGAUGUCCAAAAAAGAAAGAAUAUAAGUAUAUUAUAUUAUAUAUUAGCUUUAGUUCUUGU